AUGUCUCCUGAGAACCUAGAUGUGGGCGAUGAUGGGCUUGGGAUGCCCCCGAGCAAACGUCCCCGGCUCCUGUCAAAAGCCUGUGAGGCAUGCAAGCAGAAGAAGACGAGAUGUGAUAGCGCUCGGCCAUUCUGUGGCACCUGUCGCCGCAUGGGGAGCCAGUGUGAGUAUCGUGAGAAAGGCCAACCAGGCCUGCGACCUGGAUAUGGAAAGGCAAUUGAGCAGCGACUGAGCCUCGUUGAAACCACUAUGACCAAGAUGAACCAAUCGAUCCAGGAUAUUCUCAGUCACAUCCGUCCAGAGUUCACCCUCACCGGCACCGCUGAUACAUCUAAUUCGAACGUGGAUCCGAACAGCGCUGCCAAUCCCUCAGCAACAUGGACAGGGCCCGAUUCCAGCUCUCAGACAUGGCAACAACCUCAGCAGUUGUCGGACAUAGCUUCUUUUACAACACUUAGCCCUAUGAUACGAAUGCCUGCUCCAGUGCCUCAAUUGCAGGACAUGGCACCGGGACUGCCACCUGCUAAUGUGAUGCAGGAGCUUGUGGAAUUGUUCUUCGAACUCAUCCAUCCAUGGAUGCCCCUCUUCUGCAAGCUCAAUUUCAUGACCAACAUGUUUGCCCCUGAGCGUCAGGUCCUGCUCCACGCAAUAGUGGCAGUGACUUUCCGUUUCUGGAAGAAACCCAUUCCGACCCCCAAAGAGAGAGAAGAUCUCGUCAAGAUCUCGCGCGAGCAGUUAUUGCUCAAGACGAUUGACGCAUGUUCCUUGAUCUCGACUCAGGCUCUGGCGCUCAUGGCUCUGGAUUCCCUUGGCCAAGGUCCGGGCCCAAGAACGUGGAAUGCCAUGUCGAUGCUUGUCGCAGCUUCUCGACAUCUGGGGCUUGCGAAGAGUCCUUCGCCGACAACCCCUGAGACAACCACGCCCCUUGUGAGGAACGAGGACGACGACGACGGGGCAGGUGUUUCUAAUAUUGCGGUAGAGGAAAAGCGGCGGCUCUUCUGGGUUAUCUACAGCCUCGAUCGUUUCUCCAGCGCGUCGCACGGGCAGCCCGGUGGCAUCGACGCAAAGAACAUCCGUCUCCCGUACCCGGCGGGUGACGAAGACUGGGGCCAAUAUAUAACCCCCGAAUGGUUUCAAGCAGUACCGCAGGCCAAACUUACUCACGCCCACUGCCCUUCCAGCUUGUGGCACCAUAAUAUCGAUGUGCUGGCAAUGAUGGACAGAUCUAACCAACUUCUCAUCAAGCCGCUGGAUCUGACGCUCCCAGCUCACUGCCAGGAGUGGCAGAGUAUUUUCCGGCGUCUUGAUAUCACAAUGUCUACCUGGUUCGAGAAUCUCCCCAAUGAAGUUCGGGAACGACCGGCCACGUUCGAUCCCAUGUGGAUCAUGCUCCAUGCUACCUUUCAGCUGAUCAACAUCAGAAUGUAUACGGUAGCUGCUUUUCCGUCAGCAACUUCAAAUUACCUCCGUCCAUCGUCCGCAGCCCGCGUUCGCUGUCGGCAAUCCAUCAAAGCAGUCACGGCACUCGCGAGCUCCUUACAGCCUGUUGAGCUGGAUCAACUCAACCCAAUGUUUGCCUUUGUCGUGUGGGUCGCUUCAAGAAGCCUCAUAAUUCUCUGGACUAUGGGUUACGAAACGAACUACGAGUCGAUACCACCAGAUUUGGAGCCUCUUCUUAGCGUGCUGAGACACAUGGCUACUCGAUGGCCCUGCGCACAACGAUACGCCGACAUCAUUCAGCUUAUUCUAGAUACCAAAAACAAUCCCGAUGGACCCACAGGCAUCGAUAUCUUCAACGACACAAGACGGACUUCGUAUGGUCUCCAGAACCUUCUUGGUACCUUUACAGUCCCUCGAACUCAAGAAGUGUUCCUCAAUUCCUUUGACUUUCUCGAUAUGGCGCUUCCUGACUUUAACGAUCUUGGUUCGUCGAGGAUGAGGAUUUUCGGGCCGGAAAGUGUUGGCGAUUGGCUCUAA